GUCGCAUGUAAAUAAAAGGUGCUGCUACUACCUGCAGCACGGUCGGGACCCCUCCGAAGGUACUCUCGGCCUGGUCUCGCGUCUGCUCCCUCCCUCGCCUCUACCCCAGCUUAACGUACAACGUGUUCUGCGGCUAGGAUGGCCCGUCCGUAACGACUGGAUGGUUUGAAGGCGCCAUACCGUUGGUGGCUACGGCGUGGCUCUGUUCAUUGAAGCUUUCUCCAAUUGCGGAGCGGUUUGCCUGAUGAUCACGAUUUCCGCCGGGAUGUGAUUCGCAGGAGCGACAAAAGCGCGUGUGCCAUGUUCAUUUUGAGCCACAUCGAUGAGCUCUUUACCCGGCGCGCAGGCCCGCACGGAGCCUCGCUCGUCCAAUCUGCCGCUGGUGGCGUCCACAGGGCGGCCGAUAGAAAUCCGCAUCGAAGCAGGGCGUUCACACCACUCGUUCUAUUGUGCCAUCUUGGCUCCCGCUCACCCAGUCACUAUGUAUCUCCGUCCUCCCUCAGAGCCUCAGGAGACGCGCGAUACGGUCUUACUGCAGGCGCCGUCAGCGUGCCGCCUCGACAUCGUCAUGCAUCUGUAACACGUCCUCACGCUACCAGUGGACUCCAGGAUGAUGACGAGCGGCGGCGAGCUGAGCGAGUGUUAUCGAGCUCGACCAGGUUCUCCUUUCUCCCUAGAACGAGUCCGGCCGGGCAGGGUCAGAUUAGCAGAAUGGCUAGCCGGGCAUCCAUCAUAAUUGCAUCCUACUACAUGCAGCUGGAUGACCUUCCCUAUGUCUGGAAUAAUAGCUUGCAGCAGAGCAUCAGCUGCCACACGACUUCAUUUCUGGACUAAUUCUUUCUGCUCGCCAGAACCUGUGCCAGAAGGUCAGAUGCUUCGACGCAUCCCUGCCUAGCGUCCCGUUUGCCCUGCGGCGAGGCACGGUAUCCGGACCGACGAAGACGUGCAGCUUGCGGGGAUCGGCUCUUUGCUUCUU